AUGGCGAUGUUCCGGGCCGUGGACCCAUUGGCUCCUCACGCGAAGGACCGGCGACCAAUACGGAAGGACGAUGGCGGCGCCAUGGCGGCAGACCGAUUCGGGGAAAACGCGUGGGCGAUGGUUCACGCUGGUGAUGUGAAGGAGCAGUCGUCGGCAACAUCCUCGCACGCUGUCGAAGCCACCAUCAAGAAGGACGAACCAGAGGAGCCCGUUGCCGUCCCUACACCUAUCGGCUGUUGGAAAGUCAUCUCGCCUGAGGGCCGAGAGGAACACGUCUUUAGGCCCAUCCCCGGUUUCGAACACCUGUGCAACGGCCCAGCAAAGUCGCAGGGAGUAGCCCGUCUGGCAGAUCCGCCUAAAGCCAUCCCCACGCCAGUCUACCAGCCUGCUGUGGUCCAGGUACCGGCUACGUCGGGAGAUGUUCAACCCAAGAGCCGGAAGAGAGCUCGGUCGCGCCCAGGGGAACCGCGUCAAGGCGCAGCUCAGCACUUCAGCGAAGAUGGGGACGACGAGCAGUACGACGAUAGAGAUGUCCCUGUGGCAACACAGAAGUCUUACACCUUCUACAUUGGCGAUGUCAAGCCGUUGAUGGGCUUCUUCCACCGAAGACUCGAUGAGCUCACCAUGAAGCCAGUGCGGCCCAUCGUCACGGCUUGGGUCAAGCAACUGGAGCCUAAGCGUCUCAGCCUGUACGGGCCCUACCACAAGAAGCUGCCUAAGGAGCAGCCCUCUGAAUGCACCCCACCUUGGUGGCCCCACGAUGUACCCUACGAAGAGCCUUCGCAUCUAGAUAAGGCGGGCCUUUUGAAACUUGCAGUCGAUCUCAUGCUUCAGCACCGCAAAAUCGACGAGGCCAAGCGUAGAAGUCCAUGGGUCGCCAAGCUCAAACAUGCCGCGCAGUAUGCCGUUGAGACUACACCGCCAGACCAGUUCUCCUCGUCGAAAGGAUCCAGAUUCAGUGAGCGGAUGCAAGGCCGAGCCCUAUCCGAGAUUCUACCGAACCUCUUCGACAUUGCGCAAUUAUACGAAGAUCACAUCUUCAACUACAACCUCUUCGAAGGCACAAACAACCAGGAUCCCCGUAGAGGGACGCAUGUGACUUGGCAGCCAUUGACGAGACCGCCACGCCAGCAACCCGUACCUAGGAAGCGCUUCCGACGGGCCAGGGCUACUCCGCCUCCGAGAAUACAGCCUGACGCCGAUGUAUCUGGCAACGAGACUGAGGUUGACAACACCGCGACUGAGUCGCACCUGCCACGGGAGGAGAAAGCUCGCCGACCUCAGACAUCCCAACAGCAAGCGCAAGCCCCCAUUCGAGGACCGGCAAUAUCACAACCACAACACAUGCAUCCAUGCAGCUCCACUACAACGCCCAACACCUCUUUUGGUCAGUCGAUGCACUCUCUUCAUCUAGAUGAGGACAUGGACCUAGACGUCAAGGUGGCCAACCACACCCCGUUUCAUAACCAGACCCGCAGUCAGAGCGACUUGCAAUGCAGCCAGCCAAUGCAGUAUUGUACUAGUCAUUCGGGCUACCACCAUGUACCGCAGUCACGACAGGCUCCCGGAUCAAACAACGUAGUUCCAGUGUCUGCAUCAACAUACCACCAGCCAUUCACCAUGUUCGACACACCGUACCAUCACCAAGACGAGAGUACCGCCUUCAGCAGCAAUACCGGAUAUCCUUACGAGUAUGACAUGUUUGUUCCGUCGUUCUUCGACGGUCUACCGCACUUGACCAGCAUCAGCUGCCCGGGCUCUGAGCUCAUCCGUGGCUCUCUUGUUCGCGACACGGAUGGGCCUUUGAUGCUUUCUCGCAGCGCCCGCCAGUCGCACUCAACCCGACUCGGCCACCAGCGCAACCGAACCGACUACCGAUAUCUCGCCGCACCCGGAGCCUCACUAGUCGCGACCAUGGCGACACCGCGAGGUGGGAGAGGCGCCAGCGGAGGCGAUCGUGGGCGCGGUCCCAAAGGCGGCAACAACUCCAACGCGAAUCGCGCACGCGGCAGGAACAAUGCGCAGAACGAAGAGCGACCGGCGCAAGGUCUAUACAAAGGCGGGCAGGGACGCCAGAAGAACGACUCCGGCAAUUCGAACGCUUCCACUUCGAAUUUGUUCGGCGGGAAUUCAGCGCCUUCCUUUGCGCCUCAUGAAUAUCAGAAGCGACUGCAACACAUCAAAGCGGAGCGCCCCAAGAUCCGCGAGAAGUUCGUCCGCGAUGGUCUCAUGAACCCCGAAGGCCAGAUGCGCCUGAUCGACUCCGUCAAGCUGUACGGUCUUUGCCAGGAAAUGUGCCCGGAAUACGAGCGCGUGCGUCGCAUAGUCGAACUCGACGUCAAGGCCCCCGAAUGCACACCCGAGACCCAACACCUACCCUCCCGUAGCCAGCGCAUCGCAGAUGAGUCGCGCAUGGUCAAGGCAUACGCGCGGUCAGCGGCAGGCAUGGACGUAGAGCUGGUCUCAGAGAUUCGGUCGCCAGCCACCUGCUUGAAAACCCUCAAGUACCUGUACGGCCGCCUAGACGAAGACGAUUUCCAGUUCCUCCACUCAUGGCUUUGGGACCGCACACGAGCCGUUCGAAAGGACCUCCGCACACAACGUAUCGAGAACAGGGCCGACAUCGCGGUACUACUCACCUCGCUCGAGUACAGCGCCCGCUUCUACAUGUUGUCGGCUCAUCACAUGGCGCGGAGUACCAAGGACGAUUACUCGCAUCAACAAGACGUCGAGCAGCUGAAUCAGACCCUCAUCUCACUGAAGGAGCGAUACGCCGACAAUCGACGCGCCAACAUCAUAUCAGAGUGCGAAGCCGAGUUCUGGGCAUAUCGCCUCAUCCUGGCUCCCAUCUACGCCAACACCCAGCUCGAGAACGAACUCCAUCGUCUACCUAGCGAUUUACGGAACAACCCACGGGUCCAAGCCGCUCUCGAGAUCUUCCGCCUCCUCAAGUCCAUCCUCAUUCACAGGAAUUACGACAACUGGGUACAAUGCCAGUCGAAUUGGAAGCGGUUUUGGGAGUUGAUCAAGUCGCCGCGGGUAUCAUAUCUCAUGGCAUGUGCGGCCGCUAUAUCCUUCAACAGGGUCCGUCACGUUGCACUGGAUGUAGUCUGGCGUUGCUACCGAGUUGGUCUAUACAGGCAUCAGGUUUCUGUCGAAUUCUGGACAACCGACAGGCUGAGAGAAGUACUCGGCAUGGACACUGAAGACGAGGCCGUCGAGUUUUGCGAGGCGCACGGUUUUGUCUUCGAAUUCAACGAGGCAGGACAGCGCUUCAUGGAUAUCAAACAGAAGCACUACGACAGGAAAGCGAAUGUCCUCGCCAAGGCCGACAUCAAGCCUCAGUUCUUCUCCGCAACUAUCGUCGAGGCCAAGCGAUGCGGUCGUCCCUUGUCGACUGUCAUCGCAGGCAUGACUGUGCAGGAAGCCAAGAAGGGCGGGCUGUCUGCUACGCAAGCUCAACAGAUGGAAGACCAGACAUCGUUGUUCAUUCCAGAGACCACCAGUGUCUUCAAACAGCAACCUUCCAACGCAACACCAUCUGCUGGUGGCUUUGGCUUCAACGCGACCGCAUCUCCCUUUCAGCCGAAUGGCAAUUCUACCACAACUCCAAAUCCAUUCGCGAAAGCCGUCCAGCCUGGCCUUUUCGACCCUUCCAAGAACAGCAUUCAGUUUGGGCAACCAGCAGAUGCGAAUGCCAAUCCAUUUUUGCGCAAGGACAACAACUCAUUCCAGUCGACACCGACUGCACCAUCAUCAAACCCUUUCUUGAAGAACAACACUGCGCAACCGGAAUCUACGACGCCACAGCCUGCCGCAAAUCCUUUCUUGAAGUUCAACAAUGCUGCGAAGUCCGAGUCAACCACCACACCAACGCCCGCGAAUCCUUUCCUGAAGAACAACACCGCGCAGCCUCAGUCUACAACGGCUCAAGCUCCAGCGGACAUCUUCGGUGGAGUAUCGCCUUUCCCUGAUCCGGCGAAACUCGAAGCUCAGCAGAAACGUGAAGCUGAAUUCCAGAAAGGAUUUCAUUGGGGCGAAGAGCCUUUCUUCAAGAACAACACCGCGCAGCCUCAGUCUUCAACACCCAAGGCAGCUCCUGCUUUCAACUUUACUGGGUCUUCGUUCAAUGCUACACCCUCGAAAGAAACCCCACAACAGUCCUUCACCCCAUCAGGAACACCGCCUCCGACGGAUACUUCUCCACAAGAAGAUGAAGCACAGAAGACAGAGAAGGAGGCAGCUGAGAAGCAACGGAAACUGGACGAAGCACGCCAACGAGUACAGGAAGCCCAACGAGCAAAGCAAGCGAAGGAAGCAGAGCAGAAGCGUGAGGCUGAGGCUGCGGAAGCUGCGGCUGCGCGACAGCGGCAAGAACAGGCUGAUCGAGAGCGCAAGGCACGCGAGCAGCAAGAAGAGUUGGCUCGACAGGCGAGAUUCCGUCAGGCACAAGAGGAGGAAGCACGGCAAACACGGAUACGAGAGAAGGACUCGGCAUUGCAUGCGCUCACGGCGGAUGUUAUGUUCCACCCCCAGGAGGGAUUGCUGAUGCAGUUCGUCGACAACGCUGUUAUGAAUUUAGCGAAGGAAGCUGCAAUCACUGUAGAGAUGGAGAGGAGAGUGGCGAUGGUAGAUCAGAAGCAUAAGAGAUAUCUAGAUGAGUUGAAGCGGGCAGGCUUGGCCAAGAUGAUGUUGGCGGUGCAAAAGAAGAAGAAAUUACAAAAGGCACGAGAGAGGAGGAAGCGACUGAGAGAGCAGCGGGCAAAGGCGGAGGCCGGACCAAACGAAGAAGCGGCAGACGCGCCUGCACCGGUACAACCAGCGACAUCGAACGGUAAGACGACAGCAGUAGUACCACCAGAGGGGCGAUCGGUGUCUCAGCAACCUUCGAAUUCUCGGCGCGCCAAGCGAACGCAACAGCGACACCAGGCUCAGAGCUCGGAGACGAAUGGUGUGAACUCAGCCAAAUCAGUGCCGGUCAACAACCCAUCUCCUGAGUCAACCUUUGACAAGAGCACAAGCAACGCCAGCACAUCAAUCACCGCAUACUCCCAGGCAUAUCAGCAAGCCGUUGCGAAUGCACCAGUAGACCGGACCGAGACGGAUUGGUUCAGGUUGCGCGCUAUGGGCAUCGAUCCGAGCAAGCACCGGAAGCGCAGCUUCGACUUUGGUUCAUCAGACGAAGAGAAGCCUAAGCUCAUCGAGCCCAAGCGACCCAAGUUGUCACCAGCGUCGCCUGCACCAGAGCAACAUGAGCAGUCAGCACCGAGAACUAUGCUCGAAGAACAGCGCGCUCGUGCUGAUGCCAUCAAGGAGUCCUUUAGGCAAUCAACAUCCACGACAUCACCGUCUCACUCCUUCAACGGCGCAAUGUCGUUUAGUGGACGGUCUUCGUUCAACGAUUCAACGAACGAUCUCAUCGCAAGGGCCCGACGGACGCUGGCAGAUUCAAGAGCUGAGAUGCCGCCUCCUUCUUUCGCCCCAGGCAAGUCGUAUCGAUCAGGAUCCUUUGAUGCGAAUGCCAGUCAGCUUAUCGCACGAGCUAGAGGUCUUGCAUCUCCCGCGGCCACUUCAUCAAAUGUCCAACACGACUGGAGUCGCAGCGUGCCCAACCUUGGACUCUCUGCAUCUCAGAGCCGACAGUCUACAUACGGUACAUCCACGUACGGCAGCAGCCUCCGCACCAGCACAUCCACCAAGAACCGUCCAGCAUACUGGGAACGCACAAGCCGCUUCGUACCACGCCAUCUCUACGGUCAAGGCGCGGAAGCCGUUCGCGCCUACAGAAUCGAAAACGGUCUCAGCAAAUCACCUGCUAGCACCCGACCCGCCAGCACAGAGCCACUGGAUAUCUCGUCACCGAUACCCACACAGCUCUCCUUCGUCCAGCAGACUUCAUCCCAGCCGAUGAGCUACAAGCAAAACCAGUUCACUAGCGAUUUUGCAUCAAUGAACGGCGCACACGUCAUCGACGUCGAUGCUCAGGAUGAGCACGCCAUUAUGACCGACAACGAAGAGGACGUCCAGUCUUACAACCACUUCGGCACUACAUCGUCUUAUCCCGAAGCUCACUUUACUCCUUCCCAGGCUGCACCCUACCAGCAACAUCAGCAGCAGGAGCAACAGGAACAGUACUACGACCGAGACGCAGACCAAGACGCAGACUCUGAGAUGCACGACGGCGACGAUGAAGAGUUGCUCGAUUACGACCAAGACUCUGAUCUCGAUGAAGAAGACGAGAUCGAAGAAGAUGAGGACGCAGAGUCUUUCGAUGAGGAGGACGAGGACGAAGACGAAGAUGAAGAAGACGGUAGCGAGAAUGGUAGUGAUGAAGGCGGCGGUGGUGCAGCUGAUCCAGGUGCGAACGGCAAACCAGGUGCGACGGAAGACGAUGCUAUUGAAUUGUCGGAUUAG